UAUCCCAUUGAAAAUGCAUGCAUCAUAAUAAGUCUGUAAUUCCCUUAUAUACUUUCAUCGUGUUCAAAUAUUCAAAAUUAUUUCCAAUAAGCUUUUACAAAUGUCAUGUCUUCUUUUGUUCUCUUAUGUGUUUGUUGUAAUGGUCACAUUACCUCAUGCUGCAGCACAAAACGAUGACAGCCAAGUAGAUGCUCUGUUGAAGUGGAAAGCAAGCCUUGACAACCAAAGCAAGGCGUUGCUCUCUUCAUGGAUUGGAAAUAAUCCUUGUGGUUGGGAGGGAAUCAGAUGUGAUAAUAACUCUAAAUUCAUCUACAAGAUAAAUCUCAACAAUAUGGGAUUAAGAGGUACCCUUCGUAGUCUCAAUUUCUCAUCAUUUCCAAAUGUCCGCCAUUUAGCUUUAAGAAACAAUUUUUUUUAUGGAGUUGUUCCACACAAUAUUGACAAGUUAGUCAACCUCGAGAAACUAGUUCUUUAUAAUAAUAGUUUUUUUGGCUCCAUUCCUCGGGAAAUUUUCAAGUUGAUCAAACUUGAGAUUCUAAAUCUUGGUGAUAAUUAUAUUUCGGGCUCCAUUUGUGGUGAAAUUGAAAAGUUGGUCAAACUCAAGAGACUAAUUCUUUAUAAUAAUAGUAUUCCUGGCUCCAUUCCUCGAGAAAUUGGAUUUUUAAACCAACUCAUUGAACUUGAUUUGUCUCGCAACCUUCUCUCUGGCCCAAUCCCUUCAACCAUUGGAAACUUGAACAAUUUGAAAUAUCUUUAUCUUUAUAAAAACAAUCUCACUGGUAUGAUUCCAAUUGAAGUCACAAAACUCAAUUCUCUUUUAAUAAUCCAAUUGUCGACAAAUAACCUCUUCGGACCAAUACCAUCAUCUAUAGGUAACUUGAUUCAUUUGAAUUUUCUUUUGCUUGCUAAAAAUAACAUUUUAGGACCAAUCCCUUCAUCCAUGGGUAAUUUGGUUAAUUUGAGUUAUAUUGACAUUUCUAAAAAUAACCUUUCUGGACCAAUCCCCCCAUCGAUUGGUAAUUUGGUUAAUUUGAGUUUUAUUGACCUUUCCAAAAAUAACCUUUCUGGACCAAUUCCACCAUCUAUGGGUAAUUUGAUCAAUUUGAAUCAGAUUUACCUUUUCGAAAAUAACCUUUCCGGAUCAAUCCCUUCAUCCAUCGGUAAUUUGAUCAAUUUGAAUGAUAUUUACCUUAGAAACAAUAAUCUUUCUGGACCAAUUCCUCUGACUAUCGGAAAUUUGACAAAACUCAGUAGUUUAUCACUUUCCUCAAAUGUACUAAGUGGCAAUAUUCCCACUGAAAUGAAUAGGCUUACCAAUAUUAUACUUUUAAGUCUAGGUUAUAAUAACUUCGUAGGUCAAUUACCUCACAACAUUUGUGUUGGUGGAAAGUUGAAAAGGUUCACAGCUGCCGAAAAUCAUUUUACAGGACUAGUUCCAAAGAGUUUGAAGAACUGUUCCAACCUUUUUAGAGUUAGGCUCCAAAAAAAUCAACUAACUGGUAAUAUAACAGAUAGUUUUGGUGUGUAUCCAAAUUUAGACUACAUAGAAUUAAGUGAUAAUCAUUUUUAUGGCCAUCUAUCACCAAAUUGGGGAAAGUGUCAGAAUCUCACAAGCCUAAAAAUAUCCAAUAAUAAGUUAACAGGAAGCAUUCCACCAGAAUUGGGUAGAGCAACAAAAUUACAUUAUCUUAACCUCUCUUCAAACCAUCUUACAGGAAGAAUUCCAAAGGAGCUAGGCAACUUACUUUCAUUGGUCCAACUCUCAAUAAGUAACAAUCGUCUUUUAGGACAAGUUCCUGUACAAAUUGCUUCAUUGCAGAAAUUGUAUAACUUGGAUCUUUCAUCAAACAAUUUAAGUGGUUCUAUCCCAAAACAAGUUGGAAAGUUGUCAAUGUUAUUGCACUUGAAAUUGGGCAAAAAUAAAUUUGAAGGAAACAUUCCUAGUGAGAUUGGAGAACUAAAAUAUAUUGAAGAUCUUGAUCUUAGUGGAAAUGUUUUGAAUGGAACCAUACCAACAAUGCUGGGACAGUUAAAUUCUUUAGAAACAUUGAAUCUGUCACAUAAUAACCUUUCUGGUGUCAUUCCCUUUAGUUAUGGUGAUAUGUUAGCCUUGACAAUUGUUGAUAUAUCAUACAAUCAAUUGGAGGGUCCGAUUCCAAGCAUUUUAGCCUUCCAAAAAGCUCCAAUUGAAGCAUUAAGAAAUAACAAAGGCUUGUGUGGUAAUGUUUCUGGCCUAAUGUCCUGCUCAACAUCAACUGGAAAGUUUCAUAGUUAUAAGACCAAAAAAGUUUUAGUGUUAGUUUUAUCCAUCACUCUAGGCACUAUGUUGUCAGCAUUAUUUGUUUAUGGGAUCAAAAUAUCCUGUCGUUGUUGUCGAGCUUCAAGAACAAUCGAAUGCAAACCUACUGAAGAGUCACAUGAUCAAAACCUAUUUGCAAUAUGGAGUUUUGAUGGAAAAAUGGUGUAUGAGAAUAUUAUUGAAGCCACAGAAGAGUUUGACAACAAGCAUCUCAUUGGGGUUGGAGGACAUGGAAGUGUUUACAGAGCAGAGUUGCUUACAGGACAAGUUGUAGCUGUGAAGAAACUUCACUCAUUGCAAAAUGGAGAAAUUUCAAAUCUGAAAGCUUUUGCAAGUGAGAUCAAAGCUCUAACAGAAAUCCGACAUCGAAACAUUGUCAAGUUGUAUGGGUAUUGUUCACAUCCAUUGCAUUCGUUUUUGGUUUAUGAGUUCUUGGAGAAUGGCAGUGUGGACAAGAUCUUGAAAGACGAUGAGCAAGCAACUAGAUUUGAUUGGAAUAGAAGGGUGAAUGUCAUUAAGGAUGUUGCAAAUGCUUUAUGCUAUAUGCAUUAUGAUUGUUCACCUCCUAUUGUUCAUCGCGAUAUCUCGAGCAAGAAUGUCAUUUUGGAUUUGGAAUAUGUAGCUCAUGUAUCAGACUUCGGAACAGCCAAGUUUCUAAAUCCGGAUUCGUCCAACUGGACCUCUUUUGUUGGAACAUUUGGAUACGCUGCUCCAGAACUUGCAUACACAAUGGAAGUAAGUGAGAAGUGUGAUGUGUACAGUUUUGGAGUAUUAAUCUUGGAAAUAGUUUUUGGAAAGCACCCGGGAGAUUUUGUAUCAACAAUGGGGCAAUCAAGUGAUUUAGGUGUUGAAACUGAGGAUCUGUCGUUGAUUGAUAAGGUGGAUAAACGUCUCCCUCAUCCUAGGAAUGAUACUGGGAAAGAUUUGGUAUCAAUUAUAAGGAUUGCAUGUCUUUGCUUGACUGAGAGCCCGCGCUAUCGCCCUACAAUGGAACAUGUUUGUAAGGAGAUUGUAAUGUCAAAGUCAUCUUCAAUGGGUUAAGUUUGUACAUAAUAUCAUCAAUAAAGCAAAUGAGUGGUUUUUACUAUAGGAUAUAAGUUUUAUUUUCAGAAUAAACUAUACCUAAGAGUCAAUGUUGGUGUAACUUGGUGUAUGAAUUAUUGUACUCGUCGUACCCGUUUAUGUUUGUUAAAAAAUAAUACCCCAUUUCUCU